GUUGCCGUCAACUGCCUGAGGGCAACAAACUUCUAGUUUCCUUCGAUGGAGAAACUUUGAAGGUGCCUGCUUUUCAAGUACCGUAUCCCGGUAAAAAGGAUUUUCUUUGUACCUUGUUUCGCAAUCGAUUGAUGGGAAAUUGUUGAAUUGAGAGGACAAAAGAGAAAUACGAUGACAAAACGAACGUUUGCACAAAUCAAUUACAACCCAUGCUUUCAAUUUGGUGCACAUCAAGCUGCGGAAAUUGAUUAUUCAACUGUUAUGAGUAUACACGGCGAUCAUAUUAAUGAAGUUCACAAUAUUCCUAUAGAAGAACUGAUUCAACCUUUUCAUUCGAGUAUUGAUGAAAGUAAAGUUAAAUCUUUGAUGCAAACUAUUCAGGAUCAUAUUGAUGAUGUACCACCUAUUGAUGUUAUAUGGAUAAAAGGGAGACUUGGUGGAAAUUACUAUUAUUGUUUUGGAGGAUGCCACAGGCUGGAGGCUCAUAAAAGAUUGAUCAAAGGAACUAUAAGAGCUAAAUUGAUUAAAGCAAAUAUUGCAGCACUUAAAGUAUUUCUUGGGUCAUCCACGCCCGAUCUGAAGUGAAGACUACAGUAUUUUUUUCUAUGAUCACAAAGAUUACUAUGAAAGAGGUGUAAACUGCAAACUUUUACAUCUUAAAGCUUUAGCAUUUUUCCAUUUCAGAAGAUUUGCUGGAAGCUGUAGUUCUGUGCCAAACAAAUGUUAAAAGAGGCUGCCUUCCUCUGAUACUUUGUCUGAUAUUAAUAAAGUUGGUAGUAAGCAUAUAUUCAUUUGUAACAACUCAAAAACAAUAUUUAAUAUACCGGUAGUACAUUACCGGUAACUCAACCAACAUUUUUUAAUUGAUUAGUCAUGUUUAAAUGAGCAUUGAACAUUGCACGCUGAACAGUUUUGUUUUUAUUGUUUGCUCAGUAAUGGUGACGAUAUGCCUCAGUGUUAUGCCAGUUUUUAUAAUUCUUAACUUUUAUUAUAUUAUUUGUUUUAACAUGCAGUUAUAGACAGUAAACAACUUUACAUUAUAUUUUACAUUUAGCAAUAAUGUUUUCAGCAUUUUUUCAUCCAAAACCAAACCCUCAAAAGUAAUUGUUGCAAUAUGUUUGGAAGUUUUUUCAGCUUGAGAGAAUUAAAAGGGGAUUAAGCUACCUCAUUUUUGUUUAGUAUUUCUACAUGAUAUUAUGAUUUUAUAUUAUAACAAAAUGAAUUUUAAGAACUAAGUAAA